AUGAUGCUUAAAAGUUUAAUCAGAGCACAAAUUUCUAGAGGACUUCUACUCUAAAAGCAAGCUUAGUUGGUUGCUGUAAAGCAGCUAAAAUCACUCUAGGUGUACCGAUUCUCUACUAAUUUGGAAGAUGAGGAUUAUUCUUUAGAUAAAAUCUAGAAUUAACCUCCUCAGUAACAAUAAAAUAAGCAAAGAUAGCCUUAGACAGAGGGUUAAUAAACAUCUUAGAGCGGAAAUUUAUUCAAAAGAUCCACCGAUCAAAAGAUUCGAGAGGGAACUCUUAAAUUUAAAUAAGAUCAUUAGAGUUAACAACAAAAAAGAUAAGAGUAGUAGCAGUAGUAAACAAGGGAAGAAAAUUAACAAAUUCCAAAGCCUGCUCAAGCUACAAACUUGUUCUAAUAAAGACAGCAAACUCAAAAUAAAGGACCUUAAAACAAGAAUAGUCUCUAAACAACUUAGUAAAGGAUACAAGAUGAAGAGAAAUCCAUGAAAUUCCUAGAAGAAGAAGCAAGAGAAUUAUAGGAAUAGAAGUAAAGGGAUGAUAAGCUUAGAAAGGUCUUAGAUAAUUAUUAAAAGUAUACAGGGGAGUGGAACUAAAACACCAUCGAGAAGUUCUUAGAAGAUUUGGUUAUUGAGAAAAAUCCAGAAUAUCUAACUCCUUAAAUCAACUAUCAGCAACUGAAGGAAACAGGUUUAGAAGAGUUUCAACAUCUGAACCCAGGGUUCUUCAAUGAUUUUGAAAAGGCUUAUCAAAAUAUUAGUAAAGCCUAAACUGUCUCUGAUGAGUAAGGUAUUACCAGAGAGGGAGGCCUUCAUACAAAGCAAAUAUAGAGAUAGCUCUUAGCAAGUAAAUAAAAAGGUAAACAACUCGACUCUAAAACCUAUACUGAAAGUCAUAAAUCUAUGUUGACUUACCUAACAUACCUCGGGUCGGAAGAGUAUAGUUUAUAUUUGUAAGGUGUGCUGCAAAAAUAUAAGCUUGAUGAGAACUCAAGAUUCUAAGCAUUCUUGACAGAUUUGUACAUUAAUACUACAGAUCAGACAGUAACUAACAGACCAAGAGCAAUUCCUCUUGAGAGAUUCCUUACUUUAAUCCUUCAAUUAGACAACCCAAGUUUUUACUUAAAUCAGAAAGAAGGUAUUGAAAUUAAAGAAAUGUUCCAAAGGCAAUUAGUUUUAAACUAUAACAUUCAGGAAGAUUUAAAUGAAACUCCAGCUCUGAGACUUGUUGAGGAUCCGGAAUUCAUGUUAGCAUUUAAUGUACUGCUCAUGGCUAAGAAUCACAAUUUCUUUGGAAAUAUGGAUGGCUAUAUGAAAGAAUUCUCCAGAUUGGUUUUAGAUUGCCUACCAUAUCACAUGUCUCAAAGACUGGAAAAUGUUCUUUCUAAAGAGAUCUUUAUAAGAGGUCUAAAUACUGGUAGAUCAAUAAUAGAACAAGAAUUAAAGCUUAAGGACCCUAAGGAUAACCUAGUUCAUCACGAUUUCAUAGCUCAGCCAGAGUUUCAAUUUAGAAAUAGAGUAGACAAGAUUGACAGCAUUAAACAUUACAAUGAGCUUGAGACUUCCAUUCAAAACCUCAAGAAAAUUCAGACUUUCCUUCAGAAUAUGACUGAGUAUCAAAACUCAGAUGUAAUUGCUAAGUUAAUGAGUAGUCCUGAUGAGUUCUUUAAAAUUCAGCAAUUUGUUGAUACUUUCUCUGAUGUUUCAGUUUUAGAAAAUUAAAAAGUUAAAAACUACCCAGAUAUCAAAAGAGCUGAGAAAUAUUUCACUAUUAUAAAUCAAGAAAUUAGAAAGCACGUGUAAGAAAGAUUCAACAUUAAAGAUAUCUAGCUUGAUAACCUUGAAUAACUUUAUAAUCCCUUAAAGACAGGAAUUUCUAACAUGAUAGACAAUAGAGCAUACCUCAUAAAAAAUGGUAUGUCUCAAUAGCUAGCCGAUCUUCUUGCCAAGAGAUACCUUAAUUCUCUAGAAAUUUCCCUAAGGAACGGAGAUGGUUCACACAUUUGCACAUUAAUGGAUUUAUUUGAUUCUAGAUUGGACUAAUCAUAAUCACUUAAUUCCUUAAUGAAGACUUCAUUGAACGAUGUAGUGAUGAAUUAUUAAACUUGGUAAGAAUAUGCCUCAAAGAUUCAACAAAAGAAAAUAUAAUCUUAUUUGAAUCAAUAACAAGAAGCCAGAAGCAGCUAAUAGACAGCUAGCCAAUUCAAUAAUUUAAGUGCAGCUCCAAUCAGACCAAUGAGACUUUCAGCUAGGGGUUUCUCUUCUCAGGUCAAACAAAUUUCUAAGGAACAAAAGGAAGAAGCUAUUUAUCAAUAAUAAGAAGAGAGCAAGGAACAAGAUUAAGGAAAGAACUAAUUCUUUGAUUUCAUUAAAACCAUCGAUGAGUUAGAUUAGAAAGAUAUUUAAAAGUAGGCAUCAGCUGAGGCAGAUUAUGAUCUAACUGAACUUGAUAUCAGCUUUGAUAAAGUUAGUCAAAUAAAAUCUCAAAGCACUUAAUAGCAAGUUACUAGCUCUGAAAGUUAGAAAUCAGAGAAGUUAUCAGAAGCGUAAUCAGCAGCAGUCUAAGAAGAAAGAGCAAUAUCAUUAAGGGAAAUUUAGGCGAUAGAAGCAAAGAGAUAGUUCAAGCUUGGCUUUUUCAAAAAUUUUGCUUUCACAGGACAGGAUCAUCUUACAUUAACAUAAAAAUCAUUAGAGGAAUACAUCCUAAACAUGGAUAACCCCCAGGAGAUCUAGCAACUAAUUAUUGCAAUGAUAUCCUAAGCAUAUGAACUGAACAAUUUGAUUCCAAAUAUUGAGCUACUCUUCUACAAAAUGUUUAUGUCUCCUAUAACAACAAAAGAUCUCAGAAAAGAUGGUCAAGAUGAGGGUGAAAACAUAUUAAUCGGAAACAUUUUCGCACAAAAAAGGGUUCCACUUACUUAUUUCGGAUACAAAUCAAUUCUAGAGACAUUAGCACUUCAUCCAAAGAAAAAGCAUUUUAAAAAGGUUGUAAAGCACCUACUUGAAUUUGAAUAGAAAGAGAAUAUUGAUGCAGAACUUCUCGAUAUGAUCAUUAGAAUAGGAGUUGACUAGAAAUAUCCAGUAUUCAUGGGCUAAACUGUUAAGUAUCUUGUUUAAAACAACUAUAACCUCAAUCAUAAAUCAUUCCAGAAGUUUGUUUUAUUCCUGGAAAAAUGUAAAGGCUACGAAGAGGAUGCCAAAAGGUUCAUUUUCUUGACUUCUGAGACUGAAAACCUUGAUUUUAAUUAUAAUCUCAUCUAACCUAUUUUCAUUCGAACCUUAAAAAAUAAAACUGGAAGUGAAGUACUAAAACUCUUUGAGUAGUUCAGAAAGAACAUUAAACUCAAUAAAUAGUCUAAAGAUCUUAGUUAAUAGGAUAAGAGUAACUUGCUUACUGCAAAGAGGAGGGAAUUUUACGAUGGAUUACUUUAGGAUUUGAUUGAAAGACAAUCUUACACACUUGCCUAGAUUGUUUAUAGUGAGAAAAUGAGGGAAAAGUUUGACAUUACUACAAAUGAUAAUUUGAUCGGACUUCAGAUCUUUGCUAACUAGAAAAAAUUAGAGGAAUUCACUGAUCUAUAUCAAAAACUAAUGGGAGAUAAGGAUGGUAAAUAUAAGUUUGAUGAAAGUGUCUGUGAAUAGAUCUGUCUCAAUUUAAUGCAUUUCGACUCAGAUAAAGAAAAAAUGAUCAGACUUGAUAUGACUGAGAAACUCAUGAAAAAAGUUUAUGGUGAAUCAAUCACAAUCACUGGCAAGCUUUUCGAUUCUGCUGUUUACAUCUUCACAGAAUCUCAAUAAUGGCAAAAAGUUAUAAACAUCCUCAAUUUUAUCAAUCCUGAUAACAGUUCCCCAGAUAUAAAGACUCUUAAUUAUCUCAAGAAAAAUCUAUUGUAUUGCUUCGACUCAACCUAAAGGUAGACACUUAAAGAUUAAAUUAAAAAGGCCGAAGAUACAUUCUUUUCAAGAAGAAAAUACAAAAAGGAAGAAUAAAAGGAAUGA